AACGACCCAACACUAACACUGCUGGCAUCAUGACAGUGUUUAAAAACUGUACUGUGGUGUUAGAUGUGAAAAAUGUGCCUUUUAAAGAGAAGAAUAAACUGCGACUAGCUCUGCUGGAGAAUGGAGGAAACAUCUCAUAUGUCAUCAACAAAGAGUGCUCUUUUGUAGUCACUAGCAGUGUGAAUGACCUGAGCAGUAACCGGCAGCGCAGCAUCCAGAAGCUCCAGGUCCCAGUGGUCGGGACGCAGUAUGUGUGGAGCUGUCUGGACCAAGGGCAUCUCCUGCCUUUGACGGAGCAUAAUUUGGCCCCACAGCUGCCGUAUCCCGGCUCUGAAUUCCUUCCCCGUUCAGAGGUAAAAGUGUCGACACACAAACUAGAAAAAGAGAAGUUCAAAGGUCACACUCAGCUCCCAAAGACUGAGGUUGAGAUUCUUGAGAAGGGUGGACCCCGUCCCGGCAGGUUCAGAGUUUAUAAAGAAGGUGAUCAUGGCCUGCCUGAAUUUCCUUCUUAUUUUCAAGUAGCCAAGUAUUUGGUUUUUGAGAGGGUCAAACCCAAGACUUUGUCUGUUCUGGAGCUGCAGAGUGCCAAAGGCCGAGCAGGCCAGCAGUAUCGUGUGUUGUGUUCAGUCUUGCGUGAAGCUGAGACCGCUGUGGUUCAAAACAAACUUGUGUUCUGUGUG